AUGCAUUUCCGACGCCUCUUUGCAACGGCAGCAUUGCCAUCCCUCUGCGCAGCUGUUGACCCAGCAGCUCACAUAGCUCUCGCCAACGCAUUUAUCGAGGACAGCGUCUCGAACGGCUCAGAGCCUUUCCGAGUCGCAUGGUACCGCAGUGACACAACUUACAGCAUCAACUAUCUCAAGGAUGGCACGACCGACAUCGCCAUUACGUACAGUCCGGCAGCGGAGCAGAUCGCUAUUGACCAGGGGAUUGCAUUGCCCCCGAGUUACUACGUGUGGAGAGACCAUUUCCUCCUCGUCGGCCCACCGUCGAAUCCGGCCAACAUAUCCAACGCGUCCGACAUCCACGCCAUCUUUUCAGACCUUCACGAGGCCGCCGAGACGGCCAACUCGGCUCCGCCCGUGCGGUUUCUGAGCCGGUACGACAAGUCGGCCACAAACAUCAAGGAGUCUGACUUGUGGAUUAGCAUUGGCCAGGUCCCCUGGGCCACGGCCUAUUCCACGUGGUAUCACCAGUACAUUGCCUUUCCGCUUCAAGCCCUGACGGCGGCUAUCCUGCUCGACGAGUACACCCUCACGGACCGCGGCACCUUUCUGUCCCUCCCUGCGAACCUGACGAGUCAGACCACCAUCUUCAAGGCGGCCACCGACGACGAGAGUGACCCGCUCCUAAAUCCCGCCCAUCUGUUGAUUGGAGCCAAGGCACCAAACCCACAGACGGCCGAGGCAUUUGCCCAAUGGAUAGUGAGUGCCGCGGGCCAAGAGGUCAUCAAGAAGUUUGAAAAGAACGGCCAGCAACUGUACACUCCGGCACCGUAG